AUGUUUCGUAUGGUAAAAGAAUUAAUCGGUCAAGUUGGAGGGAUCACGAUGGUUCGCCCUCAAGUGACCCGGGCGAUGGAGUUCAGCAGUUCCCGAAUCACACAUCAUCAUUCCGGAAAAAGUGGGGAUUGCAAACAGAAGGCAUGCCAAGACCGUGCCGCGGCAGAAGUCGGCACCGACAAAUCGGUGAUGGUUUCGAGUCCACGUAUGUGGCGUCCCUGUCCGGAACCUCCCAAACCGCGGGCCUUUAGCUGCAACGAAAUGAGUAUCCUGGAAAUGCCGCGUCGAAAGCGAGAACCGGUGCUGAGGAAACUCAGCUGCACCUCGCCCGCCCCAAGUAUGGAAGCACCGGAGUGCAUCAAAAUUAAGGAAGACCUCUGUAUGCGGGUUCAGGUGCCGGGUUGUGGCAAGGUAAAGAUUCCACCAAAAUGCGACGCCCCGCUCCCUGCGAGAGACUGCAAGAGACAAAUACCGCCGGUGCCUGCCUUCUCAGAAGGCUACAAGAACCCCUUCCCACCGCUACCCAUAUCGGAAUGUUUGUGCUAUGCAGCGCGCAGUGUGUGCUGAGAUGUGGUUUGACGAAUAUUUGAAAUUCCAGUGCAACGUAUUACUAUACUCUGCCACACUUUUGCUAUGAGCAAUAAAAUCGGAACAAAGAGAGUAUUGAAUGAUUUCUUAUAUUUUUAUUAGCUUGCAAUCUGCAUGAACUUUGGUUAGCGUUGAUGAGGUUACUUUUUUCUAGAUAGUAUAUUGGAUAUCUUCAAUGCAUGUGUAUUAUCGAGCUAGGUUUGCUAUAAUCAAUUUUAUUAUGUAGUUAGUCAUGAAGCAGCAAAUUCUUGAU